AUGGCGAAAGCAGGGCUAUUUGUUCCUGCCCAAGAUCCUAGCUCCGUGACGACAAUAGCGAAGGAGCAUGGCUUGAAAUCAUUUUCAAGGAGUGAGGGCGAAGAGCUUGAGCAAGUAGAGUCAGCGCGAUUGCCUUUUUUUGACUCAGUUUUGGCCGACAUCGGAGAUGAUCAAUCGCUUGUCCAAUCUUUAUCGACGUUUUCUGGGCACGUUCGGCGAAUCAAGAGAAUUUUGGCGGCUAGCACGCCGAAAACAUUAGUCCUCCUUGACGAAAUUGGAUCAGGCACGGAUCCGGCAGAGGGAGCUGCUUUAGGUAUGGCGAUCUUGCGGCAUUUGGCACUGGGCAAGAAAGCAGCUCUUACGUUUGCAACAACUCACCAUGGAGAGCUUAAAACAUUGAAAUACUCCGAUGAUGAUGGCGCCCGAUUUUUUGAGAAUGCUUCCGUCGAGUUUGACGAUCUGCGGAUGGCUCCUACGUUCAAACUCAUAUGGGGAAUCCCAGGGCGUUCGAAUGCACUUGCGAUUGCAAAUCGGCUGGGACUUUCUCAGGAGGUAGUCGACGAAGCUCGAUAUCUCCUUACUGGAACAUCAAAGGAUGGGCAAGAGUCGCCCAACAGAGUUGAUAUUGAAAAGAUGAUAUCCAGUUUGGAGCGAGAGAAGAGGUCUGCAGAAAUCGCGCGCGAGGGAGCUGAGAUGCGUCUACAUGAAGUAGAGCAGCUUCGCUCGGAAUUGAGUGAGCGACUGGAGCGACUGCGCGAUAGUGAGAAGGUUUUGCGAGAAAAUCAAAAGGUGGCAAUGGACAAUGAGGUGAAGGCAGCGAAAAAUCAAAUCGCACGACUUAUCAAAGAUAUGCAGCAAGGCGGGGGCUCCUCGCAAGCUGCUAAUAAGGCGUCGCAGAAGCUAGGAAAGCUUCAUCUGCCGGGAAGUGAAGGGCGAAACACAUCCAUAACAAGCCAGGAGACAAGACGGCAUUUCGAUAUUGAUGACAUCAGAAUGGGAGAUCGAAUAGUGGUUCCGCGACUAAGUCCUAAUGUAGUAGAAAUAGUAGAAGUCGCAAGUCGUAAGGAAGUGGUGGUAGCGUUUGGCGGGAUGAGAGCGAAGGUGAAAGUGAAAGAGAUUGCAUCAGUAGGACAAAGGCGGGAGGCAGAAAGUGACGAGCCACAUGCGGUGAACAACCAGGCAGAUUCGAACAAGGCUGGGGUGGUAGUUCGGACAGCUGCAAACACUGUCGAUAUUCGUGGAGAGCGCGUGGAUGGAGCAGAGAGUCGCGUGGAUAAGGCUAUCGAUAAAGGGCUCGCAAUGGGAGCAAUAUGGGUGAUACAUGGUCACGGAACAGGGAAACUCCGGCAAGGUAUCCAGAGCUUCCUGAAUGGACACCCGAUGGUGGAAAGGAUAGAAGAAGCAGAGCAAAGUGAUGGAGGAAGUGGGGUGACGAUUGCUUACCUAUGCUGAAGACCGUAUCUCAAUCACUAGCCUGAUGUAUUAAACGUAUUCCACAUCUACAGUACAUGUAAGUCGCGUAUCGCGUAAAACUACUGAGCCUGACUUU